AUGUCAUCUACAGUUGCAGCAGACGACACCGGAUCGAGUGGCAGUCGUUUCAAAUGUUCUGUUUGCCACAAGCUCUACACUAAAUUGGAACAUCUCCAUAGGCAUCAAAGAACACACUUCAACUCAAAGCCAUUCGUCUGUAACUAUUGUGGCAAGAGAUACGGCCGUCAGGAUGUAUUGCGAAGACAUACCAAACUCCAUACACGCGAAUCCAUUCAUACAAACUCGACACUCGCGCCUUCACUACAACAAGGUAGACAAACAUCCCCGCCUGCUAGUCCCGGAUCAUGGCCAGUCGAGUCCGACAUAGGACACAGAGUACCUUUGACUUGUUUUGAGCUUCCAGCUUCUACAAACAGCAAUAUUUCCAUUGACUCGGCAAAUUUUCUCGAAUGGCUUAUACCCGACAUACAAAGCUCUCCUGCGCUCUCUCCGCCAUUGUUGGAUAUACCCAUGCUCUCACCAGUGCAGACCGUCACCAGUUACCAACCAGGACAAACCAGUGAUCCGCGGAGUCACGUCGCAUACGAGGCAGGGCAAACAGCUGUGCGUCAGAUAUCAAGUCUUGUAGACGAUCUAUGCAAUAGCUUGAGCUCAGAUGCUCAGAUGACAGGAGCUACUUCUGCAUUUUUUGAUGCCUGCUUGCAUGAGUACUUUGAACGAGUUUCUCCGUGUUUCCCCAUUCUGCACGCGCCGACAUUUAGAGCACAGGAUUGCAUACCACCUCUUCUGUUGAAUAUCUAUGCACUAGGUGCCUUAUUUGUCACUCAGGCGGGGUCCCGUAAACAAGCUGAUAUUCUAUGGCGACUGGCACACACCGCUGUCGCUACGUCCUGGAACUCGUUGAUUACCCAGAAAGGACCAUACGAUACAUGCGAUGGUGUCCAGCUGGUAUUAACAGCGCUACUUGGACAGACAUAUGCACUGCUCUCGAAUAAUCCUGGCAUUCGAAGAACAGCAUUUGUCUUUCAUGGUCUUGGCUUUUACUGGGCCAGAACAUCUGGAAUGUACAAUUUGAAGCAAUUUCCCUCGGAGGACCUUCCCAAUGCAGACACCCCAGAAGAAGAAAAGCUAUGCCGAUGGAAAUCAUGGGCCGCUUUAGAGACCCGGCGUCGGGCCAUUCUUGGCCAUUAUAUUUUGGACGGACUCAUCGCGCAAUCCUCGGGCUCUGCUCCAAGUGCUCGCCAUGUUGUCAACUCAAUUGGCACUGCAUGUACAGAGGCUGCUUUUUUUGCACAGACUGUUGAUGACUGGGUGACCGCAAUGCAAGUCUCUCUGACGGUAGAACAGCCAAUGUCUACCGUGUAUGCAUCUCUAUUCCGACUAGAUUAUGUGUCGUCUCCAACGCCUCUUAGUGAAUUUUCGAUAUCCGUCGUUCUAGAGGGGUUACAAUCCUUGGUUUCUGAUCUACAGGAAGCCAUUUCUCCAGCGGUCGGCGUUAUUCCCCAACGAGAGAUCAUCUCUGCUUUGAUUAACCUGUACGAGGGAAGUAUAGUGACAGUAGGGUCUCAUCCAACACCCGAUCGUCUCCCACUUUUGCUCAGGUGGCACACAAUUUGUUUAGAGCUCGCGGUCCCCUCUGCUGUUUUAUUUGAGACGAUACGCUCUUCACAUAAAUCGCUGCGAUGUCUAAGCUGGACUACUCUCAAUUCUCUGCAUCCACAACUAGCAGAUCUAGAACAGUGGUCUCGGAGCGCGGCAGGAAUGCGAGCUCUUCUCCAUGCUAUCGCAAUAAAGCAACUUCUAUCCGAAAUUCCUCUUUCAAGGGCGCUUUCUCCUCAUAUACCGAAUGCUAUAUUUUCAUCUGCAGUUGUUUUCAGUGCCAUGUGCCUCUACAAUACUUGUACGGUCAAGUUACCUACUCAUUUCCUUUGGAACGAUGCUUGGUCUACUAUCUUACAGCAGGGACCAGAUAUGUCUCAGUUAACCUUGAAGCCCGAUAAUAGCGAUAGUGUUAUUACUUCGGAUGAUGUUCUUAAGCAACUUGAGGCUGGAGGGUCGGUGCAAAAGAGAAGUGUGAAUUUAUUAAAAGACAUCAACUUUUUACAACUUAGUUUGACGACUAUUGCUUCACGUUGGACUCUUUCGAUCGACUUGGAGAAUAUCAUUGGGCAACUAGGGAGAUUGGCGCGGGAAAAAAUGGCCGGUUCUUUGUGA